UUGGGCUCGGAGCACCGGCGUCCAGCACCACUAGUGGGAGCCUGACCGGAAAUGCCUCCCAGGGCACGAGCCAGUUCAAAACGACGACUCCAGCGUUCGGGCUGCAGCCUGCCCCUUCAACCACGUCCAGCCUUGGGAGUAUGGGGCUCGGAGCACCGGCGUCCAGCACCACUAGUGGGAGCCUGACCGGAAAUGCCUCCCAGGGCACGAGCCAGUUCAAAACGACGACUCCAGCGUUCGGGCUGCAGCCUGCCCCUUCAACCACGUCCAGCCUUGGGAGUAUGGGGCUCGGAGCACCGGCGUCCAGCACCACUAGUGGGAGCCUGACCGGAAAUGCCUCCCAGGGCACGAGCCAUUUCAAAACGACAACUCCAGCGUUCGGGCAGCCUGCCCCUUCAACCACGUCCAGCCUUGGGAGUAUGGGGCUCGGAGCACCGGCGUCCAGCACCACUAGUGGGAGCCUGACCGGAAAUGCCUCCCAGGGCACGAGCCAGUUCAAAACGACGACUCCAGCGUUCGGGCUGCAGCCUGCCCCUUCAACCACGUCCAGCCUUGGGAGUAUGGGGCUCGGAGCACCGGCGUCCAGCACCACUAGUGGGAGCCUGACCGGAAAUGCCUCCCAGGGCAUGAGCCAUUUCAAAACGACGACUCCAGCGUUCGGGCAGCCUGCCCCUUCAACCACGUCCAGCCUUGCGAGCAGCAUGUUCGGAGGGUCGGCGUUUGGGGCCACGGCUCCCAGCACCAGCGGGAGCCUGUUCGGAAACGCCGCCCAGAACACUAGCCUCUUUGGAACGACCACUUCGACGUUUGGGCAGCCUGCCACUUCGGCAACCCCUGGCUUCGGCUUCGGGGCGCCGCAGACGAGCACGUCCAUGUUUGGCGCCAGCACGCCGCAGCAGGCUCCCGGCACAGGCAUGUUCGGGGCUACUUCGACAGCCUUCGGCCAGCCGCGGCCACAGUUCGGCUCGUUCGGCGCCACCGCGACGCCGACGGGGGGCGGACUCUUCGGACAGCCCCAGGGCACGGGGCUCUUUGGCCAGACGGCCACACCUACGGCCGGGAGCGGACUCUUCGGAACGUCCGCAUUUGGAGCGGGUCCUGCCACGUCGGGCACGACUAUCAAGUUCAGGGCACUCACGGGGACGGACACCAUGAGGAAGAACGGGGUGUCGAGCACCAUCAACACCUCUCACCGGUGUAUCACCUGCAUGAAGGAGUACGAAAACAAGAGCCUGGAGGAGCUUCGGCUGGAAGACUACGCUGCCAACCGCAAGGGGAGUCAGGCGGGCAUGGUGGGCUUUGGCGCUACCACCCAGCAGAGCUCCAUCUUCAGCGUCCCAGUGUCCCAGCAGUCGACAUUCAACUUCGGCGCCAACCAGAGCAAGUCGCUCAUUGGCACCUCCAACACGGGUGACUCCAUCUUUGGCCAGAACACGCAAACCAAAGCGACGAGCUUUGGACUGCCCGCACAGCCGAUCAGCACUGCCUUCGGCACGGGCACGGCCUUUGGCACCAGCACUUCGGUAUAUGGACAGAGCCAGCAAAAGGCUAAUGCGUUUGGGGGCUAUUCGUCGCUCGGCAUGACGGAGAUGUACAGGAGGAAGGUGGUCUGUGCAAAAUGUUAUGCUGAAAUUCAAGGCAUAGAGCAGCCUAUUCAUUGUUCUGGCACUUGCCAGGGUACCUACCACCGUAGGUGCGUGAACGUGGGACCCACUGAGUAUGAGAUCCUGACGCAAGGGUUCUCAGGCGCAUUUAAAUGCCCCACUUGCACUUGCCGGAGUGCUGAAGACAGCGGGCCUCUUCCACCCCGCAGCAGUGGCGACUACACCAAUUCCAGUGGAGCAAUUGCCGGUGAAAACGAAAGCGACCGAGCAAGUACCAGUGGGACUUCAAGGGAUUUAAAUGCGCAGACUUUAAUUGAAUAUCUCGAGGAGCUACAGGUCACUGUCGAGAAUCUUGCGAACGAAUUUAGGUGCCGCCUGAAUAGGGAAUGAUAAACCCUGUGCCAGCGUCUUGGUGUGACUGUCGCUGGUUCAAGUGCUUCGGAUCGUGCAGACUCUGUUUUCAGGGUUGUUCCACCGUGUCCCGCUGUGGCACGAGACCAUCAGCCUUCGCCUACCACAGCGAACGCGAGCACUGGUGUCUGGCAUCAACGUCCUCGUCAUUGAGACAGGACGGGUUAGGAAGCACAAAUAAAGCUGGGGCUUCAGUUGGAGAUAACGACAGAAUCGUUGAAGGAGCAAGGCAUUGUAAGACGGAGAUGAAGACGGGGGUCGCUGAAAAUUCAACACUUACCUCUGUUCCUGGUCACGUGAAAACAAGAUUGUUGUUUGUGUCGCGUCUAGAACCGUAUACGAGUGAAGACAACGUGGUUAGACUCGUGACAUCUGUGCUAGGUGACGAGACGGUAACCUGCACGAAGUUGUGGCCAAAACACCCAUCAUACUCGUCCUUUCUUUUGUCUGUGGCAGAAGAUGUGUUUGAAUGUACCAACACAUUUGAAAUAUGGCCUGAAGGCAGCGUCUUCAAGCAGUUCUUCGGUCGUUUGUUGCCAUCAAUGCGUUUUGGGCAUACGGGAGAAGACCCGAGCUGGGGGGUUGACGACGAAUAAAUAGAACUAACAGUUUACUGUCGAAAUGUUUUAGGGCUAAGGGUGAAGGCAGGUGAAUUUAUGAUCUUGGAGUGUUAUGGGACUCUGUGCUUCAAAUUGCUUCGCACGGUAAUGCUGUGGUGGCAUCGUCAUUGAAGACGUUUGGCUCAAUGUUUAGAACUAUACGAGCUUUUAAAAUUUUGAUAUCUGUGCUUGUGUUUUUUCUUUAACUGCUUUGUUCGCUCAGGGUUGGAAUUUUCUUCUACUGCUUGGAAUUCACUUAAUCCUUUCAAAAUGUAAGCAUAUUGAGGGCAUCCAGAGAUGCUUUUUUUUCAUUUACGACCAAUACUUUGGAAAUAAAUAUUAUUAUAGCUACAACUGGCUACUGAGUAAAAUGGUUAUGGACACACUUUCCCCAGAAAAGAUCUUAAUGGUUUGCUAUUUUUGCACAAGCAAAGUGUCAUGCUCAUGUUUAUGUUAUCCAUCAUAAGAUUUUGUUUGCCUUGUUCUUUGAAGUAAUUGAAACUGUUUUAUAUGUUGUUGGGAAGCUCUCUUGCCUGUCACCCAAAUGGAAUGCCUUUUUGAGCUAUUUUAAAAACUGUAAUGUCAGAGCUAUAAUAGGAUAUGAUAUUUUUUUUGUCCCUUUUGUGUAUAAUAUGUUUGAUACUUGCGCGUUUCUUUUUCGUCGAUGUUGCGAUGCACGACACAAGCAUGUUGCUGUUGAUGGACAUCAAUAAAUAAACAUAAAAAUGG